AUGGAUGCAUCUGGUCGGCAACCGUUUCCAGCAUGGCCGCACUCUGUCUUUGGCGCCGACGACGACCGAUCAGCCGACCGAGACCAGAUGGACAUCAUGCCUGCCCGGCCGGCAUACUACAGCGCCACACCGUCGUGGACCUCGAACGGCAGUGAGGCCGACGAUCCGUUCACAAGCAACAGAGGAGACAGUUCUUCAAUGCUACCGCGACAGAAUCUGUUCCUCCACGAGUACAACCGGCUUGCAGAAAAGGUUCGCUUUGAUUCCACAGUACAGGCUGCCGUGACUGUCACGAGCAUCCGCUAA